GAGCCUGGCGGCGUCAGGGCGGCGUAUGGUAGCCAUGGUUUAGCGUCCAGAUUUUGUUAUGAUUCUUUAUGACUUAGUCUCCCCCCUUGGUGCGGCUGUCAAGUUUGUUUAAAUUUAUUAAAUGUGAUGACACGGCCGCUAUUAUGGCAGAUCAGAUUGUCAGAAGUCUUAAGCCGGGCACAAAACAUAUAAAUUUGAAUGGGAGGAAGCUGAAAGCAGUGCCCAAACCCAUCUGCUUGGUCACCAACUUGGUAGUACUGGAACUGAAAAACAACUUCAUUCAUGACUUGCCUAAUGCUCUUUCGAGACUUGAAAACCUUGAGAUAUUAAACGUUGGUGGAAAUGAACUGGAAAUUCUUCCUGAGGUUAUAAAAUCAAUGACAAAAUUGACAAAGCUGCAUCUGUUCAAGAACAAGAUACAAGAAUUAAAUACGAAUGUCCUUUGCCAGCUCACAUCAUUAGUAUUUUUAAAUUUGAAUGAUAAUCAGAUAAAAGAGAUUCCACCUGAAAUCGAAAGAUUGGAGAAGCUUGAAGUCAUCAGCUUGAAUCAUAACUGCCUCGUCACUCUUUGCAGUGAAAUCUGUUUUCUUCCGAACCUUCGAGAAAUUCAUGCAACUCAUAACUCACUUAGUACACUACCUCUUGAAUUAGGAUUCUUAGAAAACCUUGAAAAACUUCAUUUAUCAAGAAAUAAAAUCAAAGAAUUACCUGAGGGCUUAGGCAAACUAAGAAAACUACGUCUUCUUGAUGUUGCUGCAAAUGAAUUAAGAAUAUUUCCAACAGAGCUUUCCAAUGUUCCUUUAAAAGAGUUGUAUUGUGAAGCAAAUCCAUUAUUGGAAUGCAUUGCUGUACAUUCUGUACAAGAAGAAGAAAUUUUAUCUUUAAAGGAACUAGUUGCCCGCUUCAUCAUGAAAAAUAUCAAAGACAAGUCAUCCAUUCUUCGGCAUGAAAUCCGAGACUUUCCUGCAGCAAGAGAAAUGUUAUCACAAGCAAGCAAAUGUGCCGUUUGUUCAGAUGCAUUUCUCAAUACCUGGUUAGAAUGUGUUAAAUUCAUCUCUACGAGCAGUGAAAAGGAAAUCAAGAUAAGGAAAUGUAGUCAACAUGUUAUACCGGUCCGUGCUCUUCUUUGUUCAUACAAAUGCUUCAACACCCCGAGACAUGGUUAUUAUGGAGUUGCAUUCCCUUGACUGAUGCGUUUAUUUAUAUACCUGGAUCCUAUCUUUCUACCCAACCCAUAUGUACUACCUACAUAAUUUAUCUUUUGCACUCUUUCAUUUGCUCAAUUAUAUUUUUAAUUAAAAUGAACUAUUUUUUGAAAUAAAAAUAUACAAACAAACUCAAA